CCGCAUCUCAACACCUCCAGAAGAGAAACCCGCAGCUCUCCAUCUCCGGAUGCACCCCACCUCCAGGGGAAAAGCUUGUAGCUCCUCCAUCGCGGAGGGUCCCCAUCUCCAGAGCUCCAGGAGAGAAGCCCGCAGCUCCGCAUCCACCUCUAGGACGAGCUCGGUCCCUGGGAGGAGCCCUGGAGUCCCGGAAGCAGCUUCCCGCCUACCCCCGCAGGAGCUCUUCGGCUCCCGCCACCCCGCCUCCCGUGCUCACGCAGGCUGAACCUGUCGCGCCCACACCACCACCACGCGCCCUCCCCCCAGGUCUGGAACUGGAAGGCGCGGGCGGAUUGCGGUCCUGCUGCGGCCGCGGGGACCGGAUCCUGGAGUGUACGGUUCUGUGGGACCCGCCAGGGCGCCUCGGCCUCCUCCCCACCCUCCCGGGGCCACACACAAGUGCACGUUGUCAACACUUUUUUUUUUUUCUUUUUAAUCUUUGGUGAAAAGUCAAUUACAGAAAAACUAAAGCAGCGUUUCUUCCGGACACGCGCAGCUGGAUCGUGCGUUUGUUUUUGUUGAUCACGUUGCCUUCCACCUUCCCGAGCCCUCGUGACCUGUUCACUCCCCCUUCAAACGCACUGAAGAGUUGAGAAACCGCAGCCUCCUAAGACUGCCUGGCCGCUGGAGAACAGGGACCGCGUCCUGCAUAGCCUGGCCAUCUCGCUCUAGCAACGAAGCCCAAGAGAUGCCGGAAGGGCCAUCUGUGAGGAAGUUUCACCACCUUGUCUCCCCUUUCGUGGGCCAGAAGGUAGUCAAGACAGGGGGCAGCAGUAAGAAGCUCCACCCUGCCUCCUUCCAGGCUCUGUGGCUCCAGGAUGCCCAGGUACAUGGGAAAAAAUUAUUCCUUCAGUUUGAUCCCGAUGAGGAGAUGGAGCUACUUGGCAGCGGCCCACAGCCUGGACAAGGAGUGCAGCAGAAGGAGGCCAUGGACCCAGAGCUGGCCCUGGGGCCCAAUGCUCAGGAAACGUCUGCAGGCCCCUCUGGAUCUGAGGAGCCUGUUCCUAGUGGAUCUGAUGUCCCUAUGGUCUUAGGGACACAGCCUUUUAGCAGUGCCCAGAGGUGGCUAGAGGUCAGGUUUGGUUUAUUUGGCAGUAUCUGGGUGAAUGACUUCUCCAGAGCAAAGAAAGCUAACAAGAGAGGUGACUGGAAAGACCCUGUGCCCAGGUAAUGUCUUGUACUCCAUUUUGAUGGUGGUGGCUUCCUGGCAUUUUAUAAUUGCCAGAUGUCAUGGAGUCCUCCCCCAGUGGUUGAGCCCGCCUGCGACAUCUUGUCUGAAAAGUUCCAUCGAGGACAAGCAUUGGAAGCUCAGCAGGCUCAGCCUGUGUGCUAUACGCUAUUGGACCAGAGAUACUUUUCAGGAUUAGGUAUGCCUCAUGUGAUAGGGAACAUUAUAAAGAAUGAAGCCUUGUACAGAGCAGUCCAUCCCCUCUCUCUCGGCUCGCUCCUGAGUUCUUCCUCUCUGGGCCUCGUGGAUCAUGUGGUGGAGUUCAGUUCAGACUGGCUUCGGGACAAAUUCCAAGGCAAGAAACAGCACACACAGAUCUACCAGAAGCAGCAGUGCCCUUCCGGUCACCAGGUCAUGAAGGAGACCUUUGGCCCCGGAGGAUUCCAGAGGCUCACCUUGUGCCCUCAGUGCCAGCCACAGCUCCCAACAGUGUGCAUGUUCAUCAAGCAUGCCUUUGAGAUCAUCCACCUGCUCACUGGAGCUCAGGAAAGCCGCAGGAAAGCAAGACGCGAUCCGCCACGGCUUACCUGCAAGCCGCCAGCCGCGUUUCCAGUCCCCGCCCCCUCCCAGUGUGACAACCGCCCGGCUAGCCCAUCCCUUAGGCGUCUCCAGAGCACCCGGGAACGCGCGGAUCCGGACUGUCCCGAACGCCCACCCACCCACCCACGGCGCUCGCUCCUCACCUCCGACACGCUGCCCGGUGUGGUCAUCGCGCCAGACUCCGCCGGCCUCCGAUUGGCCGGCGUCUUCCUGGUGCGAGAGGCUCUGCCCAAUCAGCGCCCGUCAGUCCACAGCGCUCGCCCUAGGCCGGCUUCGCGAGCGGCGCAGCCGGUUGAGGAGGGCGGGAGGUGGGCGGAGCGUCCAGCGCUGGCCCCGCCUCCUCGCCCUCGCUGGUCCCCAGUAUCUUAG